CCACUCUCUUGGGCAAAAAACGACGUGUGGAUAAGAGUUACUCUCCGGAUGGCCCCGCCGGGCUUUCCUUUCUCGCUCGCGCACUGAGAAAUCCAGGACUCAGCAAAAAUCCAAGUGAAAAAUGGAGGUGGGUUUGUCACUAAACGCCGGAGUUCAGUUUCCAUUUUCGAGCUCGAGGACCCACGAAGAUGGUCUGGUCAGGCACUCAUUGGUCUCCACAAAGACGACGAUCCAGAAGGCAGCUGAGCAGAAGCAGGGCCGCCGGACGCUGGUGGUUGAAUCAAAGAGCAAAAGGGGAAUGAUGGCCCGCCAAUUUCAACCCAAGAAGCCUCCGCCUCCUGCCAUGCCCAAGAUUGAAGACGACGGCAACCCUCGCUUCGUCGUCUUUAUGCGAAUGGCCAAUGUUUACCUAUGGUACCCACUUAGUGUGAUAUCAGGUGGGACGACGGCUAAAAUCAUGAUUGCGGCAAAGGAUAAUUUUCAGGGGAAAUAUAUAUACAAAGAUACGCUAGCUAGAAAUCUUGCUGCAGUUAUUUACAGAGAUGAGAAGGAAAUACAGAAGACAGCAUUCAAGCAAUACCGAGUAUUGCGGUCAGCUACUGAUUUUAGAUAUGGCUACAAAAUUGUCGAAAAUGGUAACAUGAGAGCAGCACUUUCAACCUCGGACGUAAUUGAGCUCCCAACAAAAGACAAGCUAAAAACCACAUUUGACAAAGUGAAGGAUUUUUUUGGGGAUGCAAAGGAAUCUUUCGGCAAGCUGACAACACUAAACUUAUCCGAGCCUGAAGCAUCGGAAGGAAAAACCGAAGAACAGGGAAGGGUAAAAAGCUGAAGACGGCAGAGGCAUUUGCUUGAUAUGGUGCGGAGGCCAUAGACUCUUUGAGAUAGUUAAUGCUUACUCCGCCGCAUACUCCUUUCACGAAAUGUCGUUUAGGAUUCUACACACGGUUUUGUUUAUAGAUCUCUCUGUCAAUUAAACAGAAUUCUGUGUCUCUGCCAAUACAAAUUCAUUUAGCCUUUUCCACA